ACUUACAUAGAGCCACAAUUUAUUGAUUAUUGCUAUUAAAAUACAACUCAAAGAGACUUUAACCACUACGUUCAUUUAACUGAAUAAAUUGUAAUACUGUAAGAUUGUAAUAUCUUUUGCAAAAUCGAUACAGAUAAUUUAGAGCCAAGUUUAUUGAAAACUAUGAAAACUAUACCUAGUCCAUAGUAGAAUUUCUCUACGUGAUUGAGACUAAGUAAUGUGCCAGUGAUGUAGAAUAAAAUGACUUCUAUACUUACUCUGUGUUCUAUAAAAUUCCACGAAAUCAGCUGAUAGUGCAAGCGAGACAGGCUAUAUCUGUGGAUCUCUACAUUUACGUCACUAUUGACGAUUCCACGCGCCUCAAGUAUUCAGUGAUCACAGAUCAGUCAUGUCGCGGUAACACGCGGUAAUGGAUGUGUUAAACGGGCCGUCACUGCGGUUACGCGGUGGCGUAAACACAAACUGUGAAAGCAAAAAACAUGAGUUGAAUAUGUGCACAAGUGUAAUGUCUCCAGAGACGAAACGCCUAUUGCCGCCCACAUCGGAGACGAUAAUGACAAAGCCGUUUCCUAUCCGAGGCGAGCGAGCGAAUUAUGUAAACAUUCCCCAUGUGAUUGCAAUGGUUGGGCUGCCAGCGCGCGGCAAGACAUACAUCUCUAAGAAACUUUCAAGAUAUCUCAACUGGAUCGGAAUUAAUACGAGGGUAUUCAACCUGGGCGAGUACCGGCGCCAUGCGACCACCGCCUACACCAGCCACGAGUUCUUCCGCGCCGACAACAAGGAGGCGAUGGCCAUCCGGCAGCAGUGCGCGCUCGACGCUCUCCACGACGUCUGCGAGUGGCUCGUCAAGGGGGGCGAAGUUGCUGUAUUUGACGCAACAAAUUCGACGAUGGAGCGCCGGCGUAUGAUUCGCGACAUCGUGGUGCACAAGAUGGGCUUCAAGCUGUUCUUUGUUGAAUCAGUCUGCGACGACCCCAGGAUCAUCGAGCAGAAUAUUAUGGAGGUCAAAGUAAGCAGCCCAGACUACACAAACAUACAGAACACAGAGAAUGUGUUGAAUGACUUCCUGCUUCGCAUCGAACACUACAAAGAGAAGUACGAACCCCUGGACGAGAGCCUAGAGUCAGAGUGCAGCUUCAUGAAGAUUUACAACACCGGAGAGAAAGUGGUGGUUCACAAACACGAGGGGCACAUACAGAGCAGGAUAGUGUACUAUCUGAUGAACAUACAUAUUGUUCCAAGAACUAUUUAUUUAACAAGGCAUGGGGAGAGUAUGCACAACUUAGUUGGCCGUAUCGGAGGCGACAGCGAGUUGUCAGCUCGCGGGCAGCAGUACUCCACGACGUUGGCAGACUAUAUCGAUCAACAGAAUAUCCCAGGGUUGAGAGUGUGGACCUCCUGGAUGAAGAGGGCCAUCCAGACAGUGAAGGAUGUACGAGCGCCACAGGAAAGGUGGAAGGCGCUCAAUGAGAUUGAUGCGGGAAUCUGCGAAGAAAUGACAUAUGCUGAGAUCCAGCAAAAAUACCCAUCAGACUUCAACUCUAGGGAUGCAAACAAAUUCGCGUACCGGUACCCUCGAGGGGAGAGCUAUGAAGACCUGGUGGCGAGACUGGAACCCGUCAUCAUGGAGCUGGAGAGGCAGGGUAACGUGCUGGUGGUCUCUCAUCAAGCGGUGAUGAGGUGUCUGCUGGCAUACUUCCUGGAUAAAUCAGCGGAUGAGUUGCCUUAUCUCCAAGUCCCGCUUCAUACGGUGAUCAAGCUGACACCAGUCGCGUACGGCUGUCGUGAGGAACACAUUCAGUUGUCUGUGCGAGCGGUGGACACGCACCGCCCAAGACCGGACGUAAUACCAGCGCCGCCGAUACAGCCCCCCGUGCCGCCCGUGUUCAACGGGGACUCGAACGGUGACAAAGACGAACAAUAUUAACAUUGACCAUAGACUAUUCUUACUUUUUGACAUAGCUUCUGACCAAUGGAGAGCGCAGGAGACGUGCUGGCGUACGACAGAGACUGGUGAUUAUUGAUGGCUGUGUUGCUUCAUAGCUUGAGACAUAUUUAUAAGAUUGUGUAAAAUAUUAGCGCGUUUUGUUUAUCUUUGACAGGUAGCUGACAGCUGUCAUCUUUAGCAUUUUAAACAGUUAUAAAUAGUUAUGCAUAAGUUGUCGGUGUGACAAAAAUACGCAUGCGUUAUGUUGAUUUACAGAAACAUGAUUGCGAAACAAGGCAUUGUUUUAAACGAUUAUUAGUUACAAUUAGCCUUUUCAAAAUACCCUCUUUACACUAAAUGCAUCCACUCUCCUUCCAUGGUCAUCCGUUUAUCUUCUGUGUUUCACUAGAUAGUAAAUCUAUGCGACAAUGACAGACAAGGAAAUUGAAAGGCACUGAUUGACUGUACGAGUGUCGUAAUGAGACUGAUGUACUGAAGUAAGCGUGUGUGGGUCUUGUAUCGCCGUGAUAAAAUAAUGAAAUCAAAUUUCAUCAUUUCUCAUUAUAAAGUUUCGAGUCACUUGCAUGACACGAAUAUUUAUUAUUGCAACUAUUUUUUGAAAUAUUUUUAUUGUUUUUACAUUUAUCAUUAUUUUUUUGGAUUUGAUCCUGUCAAGUCAUCAAGAACAUCCUGUUUAAUAUUUUAAAUGGGUUUAUUAUAAUAAUCUAGGUCGAUACGACAUGGAGGCAAAAACGCAAGUUAGUGUAGGAGUAGUCUAAGCGUAUUCUGAGACAUAGACGAUGCAGGUCCACGCAGCACAGAGCAGAGCAGAUUUUGUAACAUAUGUACGUACUAAGAGCUGCGUACGGCGCAGACAUACGUCUGCCCUGCUCUAUGCAUCGUUGUCGCGUCGGCACAGAUUUCUGUGCGAUGCGCGCAUGUUUUUACCGCUAAUUCUUAUUUUUAUUGCAAUUGCAGAUCAUUUAAUUGAAUUCGUUCUAACCAUCCAGACUAUUAAAAAAACGUCUAAAGAGUUAAUUAAUUAUUGCCGAGAAAGUAACUCUUUUUCUUUCUUCGUAUGUUGUAUAUAAAAACCUACAAGCGACUUCUUGCAACCGCCUCAGCUUACAAAGAAAUUGCCCCUAGUGUAUUUAAAUAAUUUUUAAGUGUCCCGUACCGUGACAGCAUAUCUCGCUCACCUCAUCCUAAUUCUAUGCCUAUGCCUGCCUCCUUAAAAACUGUACUGUGCUGUGCUGCAUCUCAGCAUACGCAUAUUCUAAAGAGUAGCGUCCGAUUAUAUUAGUGUCAGUCUUAGGCUUAAGUUGUAACAGUUAGUAGAACAACGCAUAAAAAAUUCUCAUUAAACUUUUAUUCAAAGCCAGACUAUAUUUUUAACAACGAAUCCGAAAUAUAAUCAUUAUAAAUAUUUUUUUAUUUAACUUAACUUUUACUGCUGGGGUGUUUAAAACUAACGCCAAAGAUUAAAACCGUUUGUCAUACAUAUAUAAUAAAAGGAAAUUUUACGUAGGCUUUAUCAUCUUGAUGUUGUCAAAAUUUACAGCUAUUAUGUGAUAUGUGGAAGAUUAAAUGAUCCCCAUAGGAUAUUCAAAUAUUAUAUCUCAUAUUUAUUGAUUUUAUAACCAUGUUUUUUCCAAUAAAAGCUGCUUAUAAAAGUUAAAUACUAAUUUAUUGUAUGUGUGUGUAGUAGGCAAGCAGAAUAUUAUUUUUAUUUUAUUCGAAUAUAUCUACAUAUUAUAUUAUACUAUAAUAAAAUAGUAUGUGUAGGUAAUUCAAAUCUUGAUAAAUUUACAAAACACUUGACCUUUCAGCAAUCCAUCUGUUAAACAAAUACGCGCAUUAAAUAAGAAAAAAAAAAUAUGAACGAUGCGGGAUUCGAACCCGCGACCUCUCGCGUUCCGUGCGGGCGCUCUUUACACGGAGUAACCGUUCGAGUGACGUAUCGUUGAUAAAUCUUGUAUGUCUUGUUCAACUCUCAGGUUGCGGCUUCAUCUAUUGCAUCUACUUUACAGUUCAUACUGCUCAACCCCAAUAUUUUCAUAUUAGGAAAUUGACUACGCCCUUUCAAAACAAUUCAAAACAUUGUUUUCAAAUUUAAUUUGUGUAAUUUAUGUGUUACCAGAAGUGAGAAUGUUAUCACUUUAAAAAAUUACAAAUUGCUUAAACACGCGCAUUUAAGAGUUGCUUCAUUUAAAUAUAUAUCUGUGUUUACUACAAAAAACAUAUUUUCGACAUAAAGUUAACGUUAACGCUGUCGAUUUACGAGUAGUUAAUUUUAUGCGCGUAUUUCUCAGUACCUACAUUCUUUGUUAUGGUAUAUUAAGUACAAAAGGCUAUUAUGUAUGGCGCCAUUGGCACAAUAUGGAACUAUAAUUAAAUGCUCAUUUUACAAUUUUCUCUAAAGCCGCAUUAUUAAAUGCCACAAUGACUUAGUAAUUCGAAAUUUAAAGUACUAAGAAAACGUACUUCUCUUUGUCAUGAUGCGAUUUCAUUAAUAGAUGGUCUAUUAAGCGAAAUUAUAAGUAAUCGAAAUGUGUAUAUCGCUUACUGUAUACUAUUUAUUUGCGGCUGUAUUUAUGCUUAAAAAAUGGAAGCCGUCUUCUUCCUUUUUCUUGGUGUCUGUGUCGCGUUCUCCUGUGGCAAAGAAUGAUCUGUUUCUUUAUAAAUUAAUAAUGUUAUAUAAGCCUUUAUUCAGACAAUAUUUACAAUGUGUUUUACUUAACCUAGAAUAUUUAUAUUGAAAUAAGAUUUAGACUCCCUCAAACUUGUCCAUUUGCCUAUCGUUUGCAAAGGCCUCCUCCUAUUCCCUCCAUAAAUUUCGCCGCAGUUCUAGUCCAUGUGCCACCUGUCAGUUCUUAUUUGGUCCACCCAUCUUUGCAAAGGUCUACCCCUUUUCCUUUUCUUAUGACCUGUGUUCCACUGCAUUAUGUUUUUCUCCAUUUUGACUGUCCUCUGAUUGUAUUGCACACUUCCAUUUAAGUUUCUUAAUUGUGAUAGAUACAUCUUUGGUUCAUAUGUCCGUCAUCAUAUACAUUUUAGAUACUGCAGCGAUUUCAACAACAUAUCGCAACUACUUCAGUACCUUCAGGUACUGUAAUAAUAUUUAUCUACAACCAUGCUUUAAAGAUUCUAAAACAGCUUAAUGCCAACAUUAAAACACGCAAUGUCCUAAUAACCAUAAAAUCAUCGAAACGAGUGUUGUAAUGAAAUUCAGUACAACAUUACAACACUCGUUUGGAUGAUGUAAUGGUUAUUUGAACUGGCUUUUUUAAUAUUAGCAGUAAGCUAACUGUUUCAGAAUCUUUUAUAGAGGAUUCAAAUUAUGGGUGUAGCUACAGUCUUGUAUGCAACUGUGGAUAAUUAGCUAUUAAAACACUCAUGUUAUACUAUUAUCAAACCCUCAUUCGUGUUUUAAUACCCCUUAUUACACAACAGUUGUAUAAAUAACUGUUAUGUGUAACAAAAUUACUUCCAAAUCGUUACAGCUGUUUCGCAAGAGCUGAUUUAGUAUUUUCGAGAUGCACUUGGUUUUUGUGAAGCUACCUAAACAUGUUGUAUACGAUAAUAAAGCGCUUUUAAGUAUGAAUUUAUAGGUUGGUGUUGUAUGUUAGUAUUCGUUGGUAUUUUUAAUAAUGCUAUUUUUUAUAUGUGGACUUUAAGUACACUGUGUACGGAAUACUUAGACGUGAUUAGUGUCACUUGGAAACUAAUUCCUGCGUAUAAUAUUUAUUAGAUUAUUAAUUUAUUUAACUCAUCGAACAAUGUUUGUCUUGAUUUAGCAACGCUCACUUAUUUUGGUAGUUAUGCAAGUGACUCCGCCCAUGUAUAUUUUUAUAUUAAAUCUCAUUAUUUUAUACCUACUAGCAAAAACGUCAUCAGACCUUUAAUAUACCUAGUUAAGGUUUUAUAUAUGGCUAUAAGUUGUAAUUUUAUUGUAAUAUUUGUUAAUUUAAUGUUAUUAAAUAAGUAUUUUAAAUUAA